AUGCUAAGACUACUUCACAGAACGUCCCUUUGUCUCGUAACGAGUCGUGUUAGGCAGCCUGGAUCAUUGGCGAAAGUAUGCUGGUCACUAGGUGGCAGAAGAUUUAGGUCGGGCGUCCCUACCGUGGAACGUCCUCCAGAAACGAUAUCAAUCGUGCCUUCGGUGGCAGAGCUCACGAAAUCUGAAUUCAUUCAACAAGACAGAGAGGGAUCAUUGGUUGCUCAUUUACUUAAUAGAGGGCUCGUAGAAUCGUUGACUAGUGAUGACUUGUACAAGUUGACUGAAAGCAACGAGAAGAAGUUGAAACUCUACUGCGGUGCUGAUCCUACAGCCGAGUCGUUGCAUUUGGGAAAUUUGCUCCCAUUGAUGAUCCUUCUCCACUUCCUUCUUAGAGGUUUCGAUGUCGUUGGCCUAGUUGGGGGUGCCACGGGUGCAGUGGGUGACCCUAGUGGAAGAAAGACUGAGAGAACAGUGAUAGAAAAAGAGCAGAGGGAAGCUAAUGUAAAAAAGAUACAGAAACAGAUGCAUACCUUCUUGACAAAGGGAAUCUUGUAUGCCCAAUCUAGGCAAAUAAAGCCUCCUAAGUUGGGUGAGAUUUCCAGUCUUAACAAUGCCAGCUGGUGGAAGUCGAUCACAUUCCUUGACUUCUUGUCCACUUACGGUGCUCAUAUCAGAGUUUCGCAGAUGCUUGCAAGAGAUUCGAUUCUGUCACGGUUGCAGUCGCAACAAGGUAUAGGUUUCAGUGAAUUUGCAUAUCAGGUUUUACAGGCAUACGAUUAUUGGCAUUUAUUCAAGAAUGAGGGUGUGAAUAUCCAGCUUGGUGGCAAUGACCAAUGGGGUAACAUAACUGCUGGUGUUGACUUCAUCUCAAGAGUUCAGCGUCAUUACGGUGGCGUUGGUGAGAAGGGCAAAGAAUUGCCCGCCUAUGGUAUCACUGCUCCUUUGCUAACAACAUCGUCGGGAGAAAAGUUCGGCAAGUCUGCUGGUAACGCUGUCUUCAUAAGCAGUCAGCUCACGACUCCGUUUCAACUAUAUCAAUACUUCAUCAAUGCUCCAGACGAUCUUGUGAGCAAGCUUUUGAAGGCACUUACAUUGUUGCCUUUGGAGGCUAUCGAAGGUGUCAUUUUGAAAAAGCAUGAGGAGGAUCCUGCAAACAGAGUGGCUCAGCGGGUGCUUGCAAGAGAGGUUGUUGACAUGAUUCAUGGUCCUGGUGUGGGAGAUGAGAUGGCUUACAUAACUAGCUUCCUAUUCCCCACUCCAGAUCAGCCUUUUGAUGACGAUAUCACUGCCGAAAAGUUGAUCUCAAAGUUUAAAAAUUCGGGAAUCUUACAAAGGAUCGAGUUGAGCUCAUUCCCAAACCCGGAGGAUAUAAAAAUGAGCACAUUACUCUCUAAAAUCCUUAACAAAUCAAAAAAUGAGACCAAAAACUUAAUCAGGGGGGGAGGUAUUUACUUUGGUAUCGACAGAGAUCAGUUUGAAGAUCCCGAGGAUGUUGUUCUUUUCGACAAGGACAACCACUUAAUUGAUGGAAGACUUUUGCUUGUCAGAUCUGGCAAACAAAAUUAUCAUGUUGUCGAAGUGGUGGAGUAA